AUGUCCAAUAUGGCAGAAGAAGCAGAUCUUUCAGGGUUGGACGACCUCGGUCCAUCAGGACAGGAGGUCCAGCCUCCACCAGGGUUGAGCCCAAGUCCUAAUGGGCUCCAUCAAGAGGAGGAGGCAGGAGGAGACAAAAGGCUCCAGCAUGGGCUCCACAGAGACGGCAGAGGACACCGAAGAACUGGAGUCCAGAACCCUUCAGGUGUCCAUCAAGUGUCUGCCCCGCCCCCAAGCAUCUCUGUGAGUAAACACGAGCUUGGCCACAAGGGGGCGCUGCUCAGACUACAAAACCUGACCUGUGCUGUGCGGGUGUCUGCUAAGAGGGCAACCUUGCUGUCCAAUGAGGAGAGACGAGAGCGGGCCAAGCGGGUCAAAGCCUUGAAGGACGAGCGGCGGGCCUCGCUGGACCAUCGACACCAGUACCUCAUCAUCAGGCUGAUGGAUGGCGUACGUCUGGACCAGCAGGAGGUGGAGGACGCGCUUGUGUCAGAUGACAAGUUCAACCUCAUCCAAGACUUCUUUGCUGCAAAUGGAUCCAGGAAGUUGAUUUUCUUCUAUCAGAAUGUACAACAGGUCCUCCCGAGUGACGUGUCCUCUGCUCAUCCCUCAUCUGUGGCUAUGAGGAAACUUUUCCUCACCACAGGAAGUGCUGAGCCAUUAGAAGGCAAGUGUCUCUUCUUCCUGAGGACAACCAAGAAGGCCAUCAGCACCGCCAAUGUUCACCAGGAGGUCAACUUUGGCAUGUUGGACAGCAGCGACGGGAACAUCCUGAACAGUCUGGAAAUGCUGAUGUCCAACGUGAUGUUACCUGCACUUAGGGCGCCACAGACGUGGGGCUCCGUGCAGGACGGCAUGGCCUGUCCUCACGUCCAUGACUUCCUGUCCUCACUGGAUGACUUUGUCAGUCACCUGGACUCGUUGCAAGUCAACGUGGCCAAGAUGUUCCAUCUGCAGCCACUCCAAGUUCCCGUCAUCAUUGGCCAGCUUAGCAGCCCAGCAGACUACACAGCAGCAGCCAACGACGGUGAGCUGGUGGAGAAGCUGGAGAGCAUGGUCUCAGCGUGGGCCAAUCAGAUCAGGUGGCUGCUGACAGAGAACGAGCAGAUGAGGAAGGAGGCAGAUGACGUUGGACCUUCAGCAGAGUUGGAUCACUGGAAGACACGCAUGAUCACCUUCAGCAGUCUGGUGGAGGACCUGAAGCGUCCUCCGGUGAAAAGGACUCUGGGGGUUCUGCAGGUGGCCAAGUCCAGAACGUUGCAAGCGUGGAGGGAGCUGGAUGCCAGCAUCACGGUGGUUGCCAACGAGGCCAAAGACAACGUGAAGUUUCUCCACACGCUGCAGAAGUUCUUCAAGCAGCUGCAGAAGAGCUCACCGGCUCAGAUGUUGGAGCACGUUCCUGCCCUGAUGGGCGCCGUCAGUAUGAUCCAUUCGGUUUCUGGCUACUAUAACACCUCAGACAGGAUGACGUCGCUGCUGCUCAAGGUCACCAAUCACAUGAUCAGCGCCUGCAGAAGAUACCUGUCACAGGGCACCGCCCACAUUUGGGACCUCAGCAGGCCCGUCCUGCUUGAGCGUAUCUCAGAGUGUUGGCGUCUGAAGGCGGCGUACCAGAGCAGCUUCCACGCCGUUCGAGACAAACUGCAAGCGAAGCCAAAAAGCAGACAGUUUGACUUCAGCGAGAACUACAUCUUUGGGAAGUUUGAGGCCUUCUCCCGGCGCCUGGAGAAGAUCGCUGACAUGGCAUCCAGCCUGGAACAUCUGGCGACGCUGCAGCGCAUCAAGGUGGACGGCGUGGAGCCAAUCUACACUCGCUACCAGAACAUCCUGUCCAGCACCAUGUCCAGAACCUAUGACAUCCUGGACCACCGCAAGUUAGAGUUUGACAGCGACCACGUGGACUUCCAGAAGCAAGUCAAGGACUUGUUCCUGGACCUUCAGGGUCUGUUGGACUUCUGGUUCCAUCAGUCUCUGCCUAUGGACCAGAUCCUGGCACUGAUGGCUGCCUUCGAGGCGGGUCCGAUGGCUCAUCUGGACCUGAAGCAGAACUACCUGCUCCUGCUGCAGCGUUAUGGACGCGAGCUGGAGGUGCUGAAGAAGACAUACCAGAGACAGCGGGACAGACCACCUGCCGGACGCAACUUGCCACCGCUGGCAGCUCGGAUCUUAUGGUGUCGUCAGCUCUUCAGGAAGGUUGAGUCUCCCAUGUUAGUCCUGAAGAAGAAGCUGGACGUCCUCAAGGGACCAGAGAUGACCAAGGUGAUCCGGAACCAUAACAAGAUGGCCGUGGCGCUGUUGCAGUACGAGCUUGUGCACGUGCAGACGUGGACUCGGGCUGCCCAGCAAGCACCACACUUCCUGAACGCCGCCCUGCUGGUCAGACAUGAGAAGGUGAACGAGCUUUUGGUGAACCUGGACCAUGUGGUUUUGGAGGUGCUACAGGAUGCUCGUUGGAUGACCAAACUUGGGGUUGUUGUGCCAAACGCUGUUGUAAAGAUGACCUCCAGGGAAGCAGAAAUCAAAGCUCUGUAUCGUCGUCUGCAGGACCUGCUGCAGGAUUACAGCCAGGUGCUUGGCCGCAUCCCAUCUUUGCUUCGCCCACUGAUGCAGCCCUUUGUUGGGCGGGUGGAGGCGUCCCUCUCACCCGGACUCACCACCCUAUCCUGGGCUGCCCUGCACACCGACACAUUCAUAGAAGGUGUGUACAUGGCUCUGGCUGAGCUGGAUCAGGCCGCCAAAGCAGCUGAGGAUAUGUUAGAGUGCCGGAUCGGGCGCCUCCUGGACGCCAUGUCUUCCUGUUGCCUGCUGGUCCUGCCGGAGGACUUACCGAUGUCACCUGAGAACUUCCUGUUGGAGGCAGACGUCUCGCUCCACUUUGCCGCCGCUACGCUGGACAGGCAAAGCCAACAGGUGGAGACGUUUGUGUUUGAGAUGAUUGAGGAGCUGAAGAAGAAGAUGAGGCCAGCGGACACUGUUAACCUGGAGGGAUCAUUUCAGUGUCUUCAUCCAGAUUCCAAACAGAAGACUCGCUGCCUGACUUGUCUCCCUUGUUGUUUUUACAACCUGAUUGGUCAACUUUGCCAUCUCAACACUGAAGCUCUGGUCAAUGCCGUCACGUCCUGCCUGGAUGCCCUGAAGAGGAGGCUUGGUGUCCUUAAAACCGGCCAAUCCGAUGCCACGCCUCUCUUCAAGGCCUCAGUCCAGCUCGCCAUUCCGAACAUCAUCCUUGAACCGAGCCUGGACAACAUCCAGAGUAUCAUCAACAAGCUGGUGAGCGCCAUCCUGCUGGUGGCCAAGGACAUCCCGUUGUGGACGUACUGUCACCUGCACUACAAACAACAGCAGGUGGAGCAAGCGGCCAUGCGAGACUCCAGAGAAGACGUUCCGGUGAAGCCGCCGAUGCUCAAACCUUUGGACCGCCAGCUAGCCGAACACAAAGAUGUCAGCAGGUUGGUGAUGCAGCUCAACACCAUCGUCUCCUCCUUCAAGUCCGCCACUGUUGACAUGCUCAAUGACCUCACGGACUUCUCCACGCUGUGGCACCAGGACCCAGAGGAGGAAGUGCAGACCUUCCUGCGGUCCGAGCCCUCACUGACAGAGUUCAGCUGUCAGAUCUCUUUCUACUCGAGGCUGGCGGUGCAGAUUUCGGAGCUCCCCCCGUUCUACAUGGUGGGUUCCAUCCUCUUCCACACCGAGGACCUGAAGAUGGCGCUCUCUCAGGAGUGUCAUAUCUGGAAACGGGCUUUUGGCACCGCACUCAACCGCCAGGCCUCUGCCAACAUGGAGGAUGUUUGGGCGUUUGUGGAUGGGCUAAUGAAGCGUCUGCAGCGUCCAAUCACAGACCUUGAUGAUGUCAGAGGAGCGAUGGCAGCCCUCAGGGAGCUCCGAGAGGCAGAGGUUCACAUUGAUGCCACCAUUGGCCCGCUGGAGGAGUCCUUCACGCUUCUCAACAAACAUGAUCUGCUUUUCAAGGAUGGGAAUGCAGAACGUGUGGACGGGCUCAUGUACGCUUGGAAGAACCUCAAUGUCCUGGUGGUCCAGAACCAGAACACUUUAGUAAAGAUUCAACCCAGCAUGAAAGCUGACCUGCUGGUAGAAGUGCAAAAUCUUCACAACCACAUUCAGACCUUCUGUGUUGAGUACAACCAUCGGGGUCCUGGUGUGGAGGGCGUGGCUCCAAUUGAGGCCAACGACCGUUUGCAGAGCUUCCAGGCUGAGUUUGAUCAGAUCUGGAGGAAAUUCACCUCGUGCUCCGGAGGGGAGGAGCUCUUUGGACUUCCAGUGACUGAGUAUCCUGAGCUGCAGAGGAUCAGGAGGGAAUUGACGAUGCUUUCCAAACUCUACAGUCUUUACAACGCUGUCAUCGUCAGCGUGGCCAACUACCAUGACCUUCUGUGGGCUGACCUUAAUAUUGAGCAGAUUAACAACGAGCUGCAGGACUUCCAGAACCGGAUCCGGAAGCUUCCAAAGGCGCUGAAGGAUUGGCAGGCCUUCAAAGACCUGAAGAAAACCAUUGACGACUUCACAGAGAUGUGUCCUCUGCUCGCCAUGAUGGCCGAUAAGGCCAUGCUGCCCAGACACUGGACUCGACUCAGUGAGCUGACAGGUCACAGCUUCCACGUGGACUCUGACUCCUCUCUCCAAAACAUCUUGGCUGCUCCACUAUUGACAUACAAGGAAGACAUUGAGGACGUGUGCAUCGGUGCUGUGAAGGAGCGCGACAUUGAUGCCAAACUGAAGGACGUGAUAGCCGAGUGGGGAGGGCAAACGCUCAGCUUUGCCCCCUUCAGGACGAGAGGGGAACUGCUGCUCAGAGGAGCCGACACCGCUGAGAAGAUCUCCAUGAUGGAGGACAGUCUGAUGGUUCUGACUUCACUGCUCAGCAACAGGUACAACGUUCCCUUCAAGCCAACAAUCCAGCUUUGGGUCCAGAAGCUGUCCAACACCUCAGAAAUCAUUGAGAAGUGGUUGUCCGUCCAGAACCUGUGGAUUUACCUGGAGGCCGUGUUUGUGGGGGGCGAUAUUGCAAAGCAGCUGCCUCAAGAGGCCAAACGCUUCCAGAACAUAGACAAGUCGUGGCAGAGGAUCAUGCAGCGAGCCCACGAGUUGCCUAACGUGGUCCAGUGUUGCGUCGGAGAUGAGACCCUGAGCCAGUUGCUUCCUCACCUGCUGGAGCAGCUGGAGCUGUGUCAGAAAUCUCUGUCUGGUUACCUGGAGAAAAAACGUUUGGUGUUUCCGCGCUUCUUCUUUGUGUCUGACCCCGUGCUGCUGGAGAUCCUGGGCCAGGCGUCAGACUCACACAGCAUCCAGCCUCACCUGCUAAGUCUGUUCGACAAUGUCAACAGAGUCGUAUUCAGCGAGAAGGCAUAUGACCAGAUUGUCAGUUUUCAGUCUCAAGAGGGUGAAACCGUGGAGCUGAGCCAAAGUGUUUUGGCACAGGGCAACGUGGAGGUCUGGCUGGGCCAGCUCCUGGCCUUUGUGCAGCAGACCCUUCACUCCAUCAUUCGCCGAGCCUACCAGGCUACAGGUGAGCCUGGUCUAACGCUUGUGGAGUUCCAGUCCACAUUUCCUGCUCAGGUAGGCUUGCUGGGAAUCCAGAUGAUCUGGACCAGAGACGCGGAAGAGGCGCUAAUCCUCAGCAAGUCAGACAGGAAGAUCAUGCAGACAACCAAUCAGAAGUUCCUGGACCUUCUCAAUGAGCUGAUCGACAUGACCACCCGGGAUCUGAGCAGGAAUGAGAGGACCAAGUAUGAGACGCUCAUAACCAUUCACGUCCACCAGAGGGACAUCUUUGAUGAGCUGGUCCAUCUCAACGUGCGGUCUGCGUCAGACUUUGAGUGGCAGAAGCAGUCGAGGUUCUAUUUCCUGGAGGAAGCUGACAAGUGUGUGAUCCAGAUCACAGAUGUGGAGUUCACCUACUGCAAUGAGUACCUGGGAUGCACGGACCGACUGGUGAUCACACCGCUCACCGACAGGUGUUACAUCACUCUGUCCCAGGCCCUUGGCAUGAGUAUGGGCGGGGCUCCGGCUGGUCCCGCAGGAACAGGAAAGACGGAGACCACCAAAGACAUGGGCCGCUGUCUGGGGAAAUACGUGGUGGUUUUCAACUGUUCUGACCAGAUGGAUUACAGAGGACUUGGCCGCAUCUACAAAGGUCUGGCCCAGUCUGGCGCCUGGGGCUGCUUUGAUGAGUUUAACCGCAUUGAGCUGCCGGUGCUCUCCGUCGCUGCCCAGCAGAUCUACAUCGUCCUGCAGUGUAAGAAGAACAAGAAGAAGCAGUUUGUCUUCACUGAUGGAGACGUUGUCAGCAUGGACCCUGAGUUUGGUAUCUUCCUCACCAUGAACCCUGGUUAUGCCGGUCGUCAAGAGCUGCCAGAGAACCUCAAGAUCCAGUUCCGUACGGUUGCCAUGAUGGUUCCAGACAGAGCUAUUAUCAUGAGAGUAAAACUGGCCAGUGCUGGGUUCCGAGACAACCAAGUCCUGAGUCGCAAGUUUUACACCCUCUACAAGCUGUGUGAGGAGCAGCUGUCCAAACAGGUCCAUUAUGAUUUCGGCCUGAGGAACAUUUUGUCAGUUUUGAGGACGCUGGGCUCCGUCAAGCGGUCCAAUCCAUCCGAACCAGAGAAGACUGUGGUCAUGAGGGUCCUAAGAGAUAUGAACCUCUCUAAACUGGUGGACGAGGAUGAGCCUCUCUUCACAAGUCUGAUCAACGAUCUCUUCCCUGGCAUCGUUCUGGAUAAAGCCGGCUAUCCCGACCUGGAGUCAUCCAUCCAGAAACAGUCUCAACUUAACGGGCUGAUCCCCCAUCCUCCUUGGAUCCUCAAGCUAGUCCAGCUCUACGAGACACAACGUGUCCGACACGGAAUGAUGACAUUGGGUCCGAGCGGCGCCGGGAAGACGACCUGCAUCCACACUCUGAUGAAAGCCAUGUCGGACUGUGGCGCACCACACCGAGAGAUGAGGAUGAACCCCAAAGCCAUCACAGCCUCGCAGAUGUUCGGCACGCUGGACGUCACCACCAAUGACUGGACUGAUGGCAUCUUUUCCACUUUGUGGCGCAAAACUUUAAAGGCCAAAAAGGGAGAACAUAUCUGGAUCGUGCUGGAUGGACCGGUUGACGCCAUCUGGAUCGAGAACCUCAACUCUGUUCUUGAUGACAACAAAACUCUAACCCUGGCUAAUGGAGAUCGAAUCCCCAUGGCACCCUGCUGCAAGAUUGUCUUUGAGCCACACAACAUUGACAACGCCUCGCCGGCUACGGUGUCCCGCAACGGGAUGGUGUUCAUGAGCUCGUCGGUGCUGAGCUGGAGGCCCAUCUUGCAGGCUUGGUUGCAGAAGGUACCGGAAGAGCAAGCUGAUGCCCUCAAAGUCUGCUUUGACACCUGCUACCAGGAGUUGUUGGAUUUUGUGUCCACUGCUGUGACUCCAAAGAUGGCAGUGCUGGAGUGUAUGUACAUCAGGCAGACAAUCGACCUUCUUCAGGGUCUUCUCUCCACUGCAGAGGAGAAACAGAGUUGCCGUGGGAAUGUGGGUCGACUGUUUGUGUUUGCUAUCAUGUGGUCUCUGGGAGCGCUGCUGGAGCUGGAUGACAGGGCCAAGAUUGAGGACUUCAUGAAGAACCACAGCUGGUCUCUGGACCUGCCACACACUCGGGACGAGCAGACCAUCUUUGAGUUCACUGUGGUUGAGCAGGGACAGUGGGAACACUGGUCCACCAAGGUCCCUGAGUACAUCUACCCCAAAGACCACGUUCCAAACUACUCAUCCAUUCUGGUUCCUAAUGUAGACAAUGUGAGGACGGAAUUCCUGAUGCAAACAAUCAUGAAGCAGCAGAAAGCAGUCUUGCUGAUUGGCGAGCAAGGCACAGCCAAGACAGUCAUGAUUAAAGGCUACACCAGCAAGCUCAACCAAGAGAUCCACCUCACCAAGACACUGAACUUCUCGUCUGCUACAUCUCCCAACAUGUUCCAGAGGACCAUUGAGAGCUUCAUUGAUAAGCGAAUGGGUGCGACCUACGGGCCACCUGCUGGCCGGCGAAUGACUGUCUUCAUUGAUGACAUCAACAUGCCCGUUAUCAAUGAGUGGGGAGACCAGAUAACCAAUGAGAUUGUGCGUCAGCUGAUGGAGCAGGCAGGUUUCUACAGUUUGGACCGCCCAGGAGAGUUCCUUUCUGUUGUUGAUGUUCAGCUGGUGGCGGCUAUGAUCCACCCGGGUGGCGGCCGUAAUGACAUCCCGCAGCGCCUGAAGCGUCAUUUCUCCAUCUUCAACUGCACACUGCCCUCCAACUCGUCCAUUGACAAGGUGUUCGGGACCAUGGCUCAGGGCUACUUCUGCCUAGAAAGGCAAUUCCUCGCCCCCGUGUGUGACCUCGCCGCCGCCCUCGUGCCCACCAGCAGACGGGUGUGGCAGGCAGUGAAGGCCAAGAUGUUGCCGUCUCCUGCCAAAUUCCAUUACAUCUUCAACCUGCGGGACCUGAGCAGAAUCUGGCAGGGCAUCCUCGCCAUCACGUCGGAUGUUUGUAAUAGUGUGGAACUCCUUGCGGCGCUCUUUCACCACGAAUGUAGCCGAGUGCUUGCUGACCGCUUCACUGACUACAGCGACACACAAACCUUCAACGACCUCCUGGCAAAGAUUACAGUAGAGGAUCAUGGAAAAGCUCUGACUGAGGACGCUCAGUGGAACAGCAGCUUUGUGGACUUCAUGCGCGAUACUCCUGAGGCAACGGGAGACGAGCCGGAGGAUUCCGUCUUGGAAGCUCCAAAGGUGUAUGAGCCAAUCUCAUCGCUGGAUGCUCUGGCGGAGCGCCUGUGCGUGUUUCAGCAGCAGUACAAUGAGGCCAUGAGGGGCGGCGCCAUGGACCUGGUCUUCUUCAAUGAUGCAAUGAUCCACCUGAUGCGCAUCUCUCGGAUCCUGCGGACACCCCAGGGGAACGCCCUUCUGGUGGGUGUCGGUGGUUCAGGCAAGCAAAGCCUGACUCGGCUGGCGUCAUUCAUUGCAGGCUACCAAACCUUUCGGAUCAUGCUGACGAGGUCGUACAGCAGCACCAACCUGCUGGAGGAUCUGAAGGUUCUCUACCGGCUUGCGGGCCAGGAGGGAAAAGGAGUCACUUUCCUCUUCACUGACAACGACAUCAAGGAUGAAGCCUUCCUGGAGUACAUGAACAACGUCCUGGCCAGUGGCGAAGUGUCUAACCUGUUUGCUCGAGACGAGCUGGAUGAAAUAAUUCAGGGACUCAUUCCUGUCAUGAAGCAACAGCAGCCUCGUCGACCUCCGACCACGGAGAACCUCUAUGAAUUCUUCCUGUCUCGCGUGCGCAGCAACCUGCACGUCGUCCUCUGCUUCUCCCCCGUGGGGGAAAGGUUUCGGACUCGAGCCUUGAAGUUCCCAGGCCUGAUAUCGGGCUGCACCGUGGACUGGUUCCAGCGCUGGCCACGGGACGCCCUGGUGGCUGUAUCGCAUCACUUCCUGUCUCAGUACCAGGACCUGCACUGCUCUGAAGAAGUGAAGCGUGGUGUGGUGGUUACCAUGGGAGCCUUUCAGGAUUCGGUGGCUGAGAAAUGCGCUGAAUAUUUUGAGCGUUACCGCCGUCAGACAUUUGUGACACCCAAAUCCUACCUGUCCUUUAUUCGUGGCUACAAGGUGGUCUACGCUGAGAAGGUGGCGCAUGUCAGCACGCUGGCCGAGCGCAUGAAGACGGGUCUAUCCAAGCUGGUGGAGGCGGAGCAGUCGGUGUCUCAGCUGUCCGAAAAGCUGCAGGUGAAGGAGCAGGAACUCGCUGUCGCCUCCCAGAAGGCAGAUGAGGUCUUGCAGGAGGUCACUGCCAAAGCUCAGGCUGCUGAGAAGGUCAAGCAGCAGGUGCAGAAGGCUAACCUGGCGCUACAGGAGGCCCGCCUCCUGGUGGCUCAGACUGAGUUGGCUCAAGCUCAGGAGCAGCUGGAUGCAAAACAGCAGCAGCUGGAUGCUGUGCAGGCACUCUAUGAUGCCGCCAUGAUGGAAAAGCAGAACCUGGAAGAUGAUGCAUCUGCGUGUCGUCGUAAGAUGGCCAACGCAACGGCACUCAUUGACGGCCUUGGAGGAGAAAAGGUACGCUGGACUGCCAGCAGUGCCGGCUUUCAGACGCAGAUCACACGGCUGGUCGGGGAUGUCCUGUUGGCCUCUGGCUUCCUGUCCUAUGCGGGACCCUUCAACCAGGAGUACCGUAGCCUGCUGCUGGAGCUGUGGAAAAAGGAACUGAAUGACAAGCUCAUCCCCUUCAGCCCAGAUGUGAAUGUGAUUUGUCUUCUGGUGGACAACGCCACAGUGAGCGAAUGGAACCUACAAGGUCUCCCCAGCGAUGACCUGUCCAUCCAGAAUGGUAUCGUGGUAACCAAGGCUGCCCGCUACCCGCUGCUGAUAGAUCCUCAAGGUCAAGGGAAGGCAUGGAUUCAGAACAAAGAGCGAGCUCAGAACCUGCAGGUGACGUCUUUAAACCACAAAUACUUCCGCUCCCACCUGGAGGACACUUUGUCUCUGGGGCGCCCCCUACUGCUGGAGGAUGUUGGUGAGGAGCUGGACCCCGUCCUGGACAAUAUCCUAGACAAAAACUAUAUCAAGUCUGGAUCCACUUACAAGGUGAAGCUCGGUGACAAAGAGGUGGACGUGAUGAAGGGCUUCACCCUCUACAUCACCACAAAACUGGCCAACCCUGCCUACAGCCCAGAAGUCAGCGCCAGGACGUCGGUGGUGGACUUCACUGUCACACAGAGAGGUCUGGAGGAUCAACUACUGGGACGCGUCAUUCUUCUGGAAAAACAAGAGCUGGAAGCGGAGCGUCUCCAGCUCCUAGAAGAAGUGACGUCCAACAAGAGGAAGAUGCAAGAUCUGGAAGACAGUUUGCUCUUCAGGCUGACCAGCACUCAGGGCUCUCUCGUGGAGGACGAGUCUCUGAUCGAGGUGCUCAGGGUCACCAAAACAACCGCUCAGGAGGUGAGUGAGAAGCUGUCCAUCGCUGCGGAUACAGAAGUCAAGAUCAACCAGGCCAGGGAGGAGUACCGACCCGUGGCCACUAGGGGGAGCAUCCUGUACUUCCUGAUUGUGGAGAUGUCCCUGGUCAACAUCAUGUACCAGACAUCUUUGCGUCAGUUCCUUGGGCUCUUUGACUCAUCCAUGUGCCUCUCUGCCAAGUCACAGGUCACCUCCAAGCGCAUCAGCAACGUCAUCAGUUUCCUCACCUUCCAGGUACACUGUUACACAGCUCGAGGGCUCUAUGAGGAACACAAGCUCCUCUUCACCUUGUUGUUGGCACUGAAGGUCGACCUGCAGGCCAAGAACAUCAUGCACUCUGAUGUUCUGACCUUCGUCAAAGGGGGUGCCUCUUUGGACCUCAACUCUGUGGAACCAAAACCACGCCGGUGGAUCCUAGAUCAGACCUGGCUCAACCUUGUCCAGCUGUCCAGCCACUCUGCUUUCUCCAAUAUCCUGACCCAGGUGAGCCAGAACGAGAGGGCCUGGAAGACGUGGUUUGACAACCCGGCCCCAGAGGACGCCAUGUUGCCUGAUGGCUACGAACAGAAAAUUGAUUCUUUCCAGAAACUUCUUCUUAUCCGCAGCUGGUGCCCGGACCGAACCAUUGCUCAGGCACGGCGCUACAUCGCCCGGUCUAUGGGUCAGCAGUAUGCCGAAUGUGUGGUUCUGGACCUGGACGCCAUGUUGGCAGAGAGUGACAACAGGACACCGAUGGUUUGUCUUCUCUCGAUGGGUUCCGACCCAACAGAGAACAUUGAGAGACUGGCCAAGCAGAAGGGGGUACCAUGUCGUCCCAUCUCCAUGGGGCAGGGCCAGGAGGUCCAUGCUCGCAGGCUGUUGUCAAACAGCAUGAUGGACGGUGGGUGGCUCCUCCUCCAGAACUGCCACCUGGGAUUGGACUUUCUGGACGAGCUGCUGGAGACAGUCACCUUGGCAACAGCAGAAAAUGUCCACGGGGACUUUAGGCUGUGGCUGACGACAGACGUACACCCGAGGUUCCCUAUCAGUUUCCUUCAGUCAUCCAUCAAGUUCACCAAUGAGCCUCCUCUUGGCAUGAAGGCGGGUCUGAAGAGGACCUUCAGUGGCGUCACUCAAGACCAGUUAGAGAUCAGCAGCCUGCCUCAGUGGCGCCCCCUGCUGUAUGCUGUUGCCUUCCUGCACACCACAGUGCAGGAGCGUCGGAAGUUUGGUCCCCUGGGCUGGAACAUUCCCUACGAGUUCAACCAGGCCGACUUCACAUCCAGCGUGCAGUUUGUCCAGAACCACCUUGACGAGCUGAAUGCCAAGAGAGGUGUCAACUGGAGCUGCCUGCGUUACAUGUUGGGUGAGGUCCAAUAUGGCGGCCGUGUGACAGAUGACCUGGACAAACGUCUACUGAACACCUUCACUCGGGUCUGGUUUGGCGAGAACACGUUUGAUGACACAUUCUGCUUCUACCGAGGCUAUGGUAUCCCCGCCAAGGCCAAGACGGUGCAGGAGGUCUUGCAGCACAUCGAGGCCCUCCCCUUGGUUGACUCACCUGAGGUGUUUGGACUCCAUCCCAAUGCUGACAUCACCUACCAGAACAAGCUGGCCAAUGAGACGCUCAGCAACAUCAUCAGCAUCCAACCCAAAGAUGCAGGGGGCGGGGCUGGGGAGACGCGGGAGGUCAGCGUGCAGAGGUUAGCCAAUGAGAUGCUGGACAAACUGCCGCUCGACUACGUGUCACAUGAGGUCAAAAGUCAGCUUCAGAAGAUGGGUCCUUUCCAGCCCAUGAACAUCUUCCUCCGACAGGAAGUAGACCGCAUGCAACGAGUCAUCAGCAGCGUCCGGAGCACACUCACUGACCUCCAGCUGGCCAUUGACGGCACCAUCAUUAUGUCUGAGGACCUACGUGAUGCUCUGGACUGCAUGUUCGACGCUCGCAUUCCCAGCGCGUGGCAGCGGCUCAGCUGGGCGUCAGCCUCUCUGGGCUUCUGGUUCAGCGAGCUUCUGGAGAGGAACCAGCAGCUUGCCAGCUGGAUUGGGGUUGGGCGACCCCAGCAGUUCUGGCUCACGGGCUUCUUCAACCCACAGGGCUUCUUGACCGCCAUGCGCCAAGAGACAACACGUUCCCACUUGUCCAGGGGUUGGGCCUUGGAUACCGUCACCCUUAGUAACGAUGUCACCAAGCUGAUGAGAGAGGAUGUGUUGGCUCCUCCCCCUGAGAAUGUGGGUGGAGUCUAUAUUUAUGGCCUCUUCUUGGAAGGGGCUGGAUGGGACCGACGUGGCGCCAAACUCACUGAAGCCCCACCCAAGGUCCUCUUUACUCCGCUCCCCGUGGUACACGUGUACGCCUUAAACUCGGCCAACGUGGCUGACUGCAGCCAUCAGCCGGGCGGCGGGGUCUGCUUGUAUUCGUGUCCACUCUACAAGAAGCCUCACCGCACUGACCUCAACUUCAUCUUCUCGCUUCAGCUGAGGAGCGUGCAGCCGCCUGAGCACUGGACGCUGCGCGGCGCUGCCCUGCUCUGCGACUGCAAAUGACCCCGGCCACUGACAGAUCACGGACGUCGGUCGAAGGAGAGGAAGUAACUUUUUGUUAUCAUUUAGUCCUGUGUGUCAUCUUGUAAUACCAUUACAAAGGCACAGCGAGUCAGGGCGGCUACUGCCCCCUGCUGGUGUGCAUUAUGUCAAACGUCACUGAACAACAAAAAUAUUGUAGAAUUAAAUUAAAGCAUCAGUGGAAAAAUUUACAGUACUUUUCAAAAGUAGUUAAAAAUAAUUGGCAAAGAGUGAAAUGGAUGCCUUUGACCUUCCAUUGAGUUUUGUUUUUUUGAAUCAAAAUGUUUAAUCAUC